CUCAGUUCAUCAUUCGCACCCGUUAGGGUUUGGACUUCCCCUAUAAAAAGGCAAGGAUCCUUCGGCUUCUUCGUUUUACUUCGCGGCGCCGGAGCGAAACCCUUGGAACUCUUCUCAGUCGCUGCCAUGGUGAAGUAUUCCCGAGAACCGGAGAACCCAACCAAGUCCGCGAAGGCGAUGGGAAGGGACCUGAGGGUUCACUUUAAGAACACACGUGAGACAGCUCAUGCACUCAGGAAGUUGCCGCUUGCCAAGGCUAAGAGAUACCUAGAAGAUGUUAUCGCUCACAAGCAAGCCAUACCCUUCACAAGAUUCUGUGGAGGUGUUGGGCGUACUGCCCAAGCUAAGAAUCGUCAUCCAAAUGGACAGGGUCGCUGGCCUGUAAAAUCUGCCAGAUUCGUCCUGGAUUUACUCAAAAAUGCUGAAAGUAACGCGGAUGUGAAAGGUUUGGAUGUAGAUGCUCUUUAUAUAUCUCACAUCCAGGUAAACCAGGCUCAGAAGCAGAGGCGCCGAACAUAUCGGGCCCAUGGCAGGAUUAACCCUUACAUGUCAUCUCCCUGCCAUAUUGAACUGAUCUUGUCAGAGAAGGAAGAAUCUGUCAAAAAAGAGCCUGAAACUCAGCUUGCUCCUAGGAAGUCAAAGAAAUCUGCAGCUUUGCACACUGGAGCCUCUUCUUAAAGCAUUGGUAGAAACCGGCAAUUGAAGAAUACUCUGCCCUUUUCACUCUAUUUUUGUCACCUUGAAUUUCCUUGAAUCUGUUUUAUUGUGGAUGUUAUUUUUCUCCUGUUUUUGUCGGCAAUGUCGGAUACCUAGAUGAGUAUUAUCUGUAGGAACAAUUAUUUGACUUUUGCAUUGUAUGCUGUCUUUGGUGAAUGUUAUUUAUGCUUUAUCAAA